UUCGAACGCUCGGCGGUACCUGGAAUCGAGGCUCGACGUCGAAGAACGUUGUUUGACAGCCAUCUUUGAUUCUUUACGAAGUUUGGUAAUUUUUAAUCUUGCUGCAUCUUGCUCAUCCUUGGUGCAGCCAUGAAGCUUGUCAGGUUCUUAAUGAAACUGAGCCACGAGACAGUCACGAUUGAGCUGAAGAACGGAACAGUUGUACAUGGAACUAUAACAGGAGUUGAUAUGAGUAUGAACACACAUCUAAAAGCUGUUAAAAUGACAGUGAAAAACAGAGAACCCAUGCAACUAGAAUCUCUCAGCAUAAGAGGAAAUAAUAUUCGAUAUUUUAUACUUCCUGAAAGCCUGCCCCUAGACACUCUACUAGUUGAUGACGCCCCUAAGGCAAAAGCAAAGAAAAAGGAAACAGUUGCUCUUGGACGUGGUCGAGCAAGAGGAAGAGGGCGAGCAAGAGGCCGACCAUUAGGUCGUGGUGGACCUGAACGCAGUGGAAGAAGAUAGAAAAUCCAAAUUCGCUAUGGUCUUUUCUAAAAGAUAGAUUGGUAAAGGAGGAAAAGGACAGAGUUGGUUUUCAAUAAACACAUUUUACAAAGUCCAGAAACCAUCUAUUUAUAACAUACAGUCGAUCCGAAUAAUGUUGUUCAGUUGUAAAGACAUAAAGGCAACAACAAAGUUGUUUGAAUGGAUAUCAUAUAUUUGUAUGUUUUGCAAUAUUAAUCAACAAGAAGUUCAAAAACUUUGUAAUGUCAAUAACAUACAACUUACAAGCUGGAAUUGAAAAAAAAAAAACUUAUGCAAAUGGAUUUGUUGUUGUCUUAAUGUCUUUACAUUGAACAAUGUUAAUUGGAUUGACUGUAUAAACCAUUAUAGGCAGACAUGUUACCAAACAAAGACUCUUCAUCACUUUGUAAAUAAUGUAAUGUGAAUAUUUUGAAUUAAAAUAAUCGUAUUGUA